AUGGAAGUUGAGAACGAGAAGCGCGACAGAUUUGUAUUGAGAGAAGUGUUAUAUACGUCGAAGACGGGGACUGUAUUAAAUAAAGCUAUAACUAUGGUACGAGAUGGGAAGUACUCAUUUUUUGUUGUUAAGAGGAUUCCAAUACCAAAAGACGAUCCAACGGUGUUGGAAGGGAUUCGACGAGAAGUUGAAGUCUCGAAAAUCGUUGACCAUUCUUAUAUAGUUCGUUGUUAUGAUGGGUUUCUGUGUGAAUAUGAAAAUAAAUUGGAGUAUUGGAUGGUGUUAGAGUAUUGCCCACAAAAGAGCGUCGACUUUUAUACCCACCAAAGGAAAUGCCUGACGGAAGGAGAGAAGUACUUCUUCUUGUGCGACCUUUCAAUUUGUAUGGAAUACCUCAUUCAAAGUUUACACGUCCAACAUCUCUCGUUGAACCCUCACAACCUCAUAUUGACUAAAGACACAAGCUCCCCAAUACCAAAACUGAAAGUCGCCAACUGCUUUGAACACGUCAGGUAUGAAACACCAAAGGACAAAUUCAUGCACAACCCCUUCUAUGCCGCACCUGAAAUGUACUUGGGGAGAAUCGAAGAGAACUCUGACAUCUGGUCGAUCGGUAUUUUGAUCUAUGUCCUCUUCUCGAAUAAGUUUCCGAUGCCACCAAAUAAGGUGUUCGAGUUCUUGUCAACACAACAGAAGUUUGAUUUGGAGCCACUCAACUCGUAUGCGUCGUUGAAGGACUUACUUAAGAGGAUGCUUGUCUAUGACCCAGCUCAACGUCUGAAAUGGUCCGAAUUUUUCAUUCAUCCAUUUAUCCAAAGAUGUCGUGACUAUAAAAUCGAUGAGAUCCACACGGACGCAUCAAAUUAUACUCCAAAGAAGAUCAUUGGGAAGGGAGCAUAUGGUGUUGUCUUUUUAGCUUCACAUACUCAAGACGGUGUUACUGAGUUAGUUGCAAUGAAAGAGACUGGAGAGAGUAAAAGUGACUUUUUACUCAAAGAAGCGCGAGUAAUGCGGUUGUGUGUUCAUCCAAAUGUUGUUGCGUUUCAUGAGUAUAUAUCAUCUCCCGAAAAGCUUUCCCAAGCGUGUGUAGAGCCCACGGACAUCGUUGUUCGAGAAAGUAUAUUAGAGUCUCAUUAUUAUUAUAUGGUGAUGGAGUAUUGUGAGUUGGGUAAUCUCGAGAAGUACUUAGAGAAGAAUGGCGGGCCAUUGUCGACGAAUGAGAUCUUACAUUUCUUAGCAGAGAUAGCCAGCGGGUUAUGGUAUCUUCAUUUCUGUAAACACAUCAUUCACAGAGACUUGAAGUUAGAAAAUUUCCUCUUAUGUAAACCCGAAGGAAGAGAGAAGUAUCCCAGACUGAAAAUAGCAGACUACGGACUCUCAAGAGCUUUUGGAGAUGAUUCACAACUGAUGCAAACGAAUGUUGGAACAUUUAUAUAUGUCUCCCCUGAAAUAAAGAAUCAUAAGGUAUAUACAACUAAGAGCGACUUGUAUUCCCUUGGUGUCGCUUUGUAUCGACUCGCGACAUUUGAGUACCCAUUCUCCGCUAAUAAAGCCACUAUAGACUACGCGUUCCAAACGAAACAACCAAUUAGCUUCCCGUCGUACGUCAACGUCGAAUUUCAUUUACAAGACUUAAUCAAGAAACUUAUUACACACGACGAGGAAUCGCGACUGUCGUGGAGAGAGUUUUUCGCUCACCAAUUUGUGUACAGAGCGAUGCAACACCACGCGGCGCAAGGGUAUGGCAUGCCUACGGCGCAUGACUUUGACUUGUUAGAAGAGCAACAGAUCGUCGACAUCGAUUGA